CAGACGACGACAAAAAGGGUGACGACCGUGACGACAAGUGCUGGAAGAAAAAUUGUGGUGCUGCUGCUGCUCACUUGAAAAAGUUCCUUUCCUGGUCCGUUGUGUAUCGCAGCACAUUAAAUAAGUGCUUAUUCCAUUACAUUAAGAACCCAUAUUGACGGCUGCAUUGAUAUUUAGUCAAAAGAAACGUAGCUUCUGGUCGUGUUUACAAACGAUUUUUUUUUCUACGGCUGCAAAUUUCUUCCCCCACCAAAUCGAAUUUCACUACUCGAAAAGCGCUGUUUACGCUGUUAAAUCCUACGCAUUGGAACAAACGGAAUGACCUCGACGACGAUUCCCACCAUCUGCAAGGAUCUGGACGGUGACGACCGGUGGCUCAGUGUGCACAAGCGGUUCGUGCAGGAAUGCAAGGAGAAAGAUCCGGACGUGAUGUUUGUCGGAGAUUGCAUUCUGGAAGCGCUGCAGUUCACUGAAUACUGGAACAGUCACUUUGUGCCGAUGCAUUGUUUGAAUUUCAGCAUACGAAACGACCGGACCCAGAACGUGCUCUGGAGACUGCAGAACGGCGAGCUGGAAAACGUGAGGCCAAAGGCGAUCGUGCUGCAUGUUGGAACGAAUAAUAUUAGCGACAGCGCUGAGGAGGUGACCGAGGGACUGUUGGAACUGGUGAAGACCAUCCGGAGCAAGCUGGCCGACGUGUAUAUCGUGAUUCCGACUCUUCUUCCCCGUGGGCACCAGCCGAACGCACUCCGAGACAAAAACCGUGCCGUCAAUCAGCUUCUCAAGGAACGCUGCGUCGGAAUGAACAAGGUGCAGAUUGUUUGCGUCGACUCGGGCCUGAUACAGAGUGACGGUACCAUCAGCCAUCACGAUAUGUUCGACUACCUGAACCUGACGAACGUGGGCUGCAAAAAGGUGUUCGAGCCUGUUUGGGAUCUACUGCAGCAGAUACUGACCGAAAACGAGAAGGAGCGUGACCUUACCCCAUCGGAGUGAACCAAGAGCGACGGCGAAUGGUACGAGUCAAUUCUCUUGGAACAGGCAACAGGCAUUGGCAGCGAUAGUGGUAGAGCUGUGCGACAUUCUCAUACUUCUUACGAACAUUAUUAGCCAGUAGAUCAUUUGUUGUGUCUCAUUUGCAACUCGAUGUAGGAUUAAAGUCAAACAACUUAUAAAAUUGCACAUUCCUCUUGAUUAUGAUAAAAAGCUUAUUAGAAUGUUUAUAUUCGAUAGAACUAUGAACGUGUUUCAUAUUGAUCGUUAUUUUGACUCACAAUGAUAUUAUUUAUUCCAUGUAUCCAAUAUUUAUUAGGCAUAGUGUUAGCGUUAUAUCGCUGAUGGCGAAGUUAUUUCUCGGCUAGUAUAGUUUUUAUAAAAAAUAAUCAUUGAUAGUAGCUUCCAGAAAUUUCUGUUUUGGCUCCAACCGUACUAGGCUAGUUGUUAAGAUUUGGCCCUAUUCUUUAGACCGCCGUCUUCUUACGAAUAUGUAGUGAUUCUUAAAACAUUCCACCUUACCUCACAAAACUAUUCAAAGUAACGAGUAAUUCCACGAGUUUAGAACACUAGAAUUUACUAUGAUCUCAAUCUUGAUGAACUGAACUCUACGACGAAAUACAAAUCUACUCUAAACAUG